AUGCAGGAAGAAACUGGGAAUUCUGGCACGCAGGGAAAAACUUCCUUCUCUAUCGCGGAUAUACUGGACCCCUGCAAAUUCAUUGGGAAGCAUCAGCAGGUGCACAACACAAGAGAAAACGACAAGAUGACUGAAACCACUUCCAGAAAAGACCAAAAGGCUUCAAGCAUCCGUGGCGGAUCCGAAGUCAAAGUAAAGCCGAAGCGGAUCCGCACCGCGUUCACACUGGAUCAGCUUCGCAUUCUGGAGCGAAGCUUUCAAAACAGCCACUAUCUGUCUGUGUUUGAACGGCACGGCAUCGCUUCAGCUCUCUGUCUGUCUGAAACUCAGGUCAAAAUCUGGUUUCAAAACAGACGAACCAAAUGGAAGAAGGAGCGAGAAGGUCACGGAGGAGAAGAAGAAGAAGAGGCAAACUACUGCACACCUCCAGCUCUUCUGUAUACGAUUCCUGGACAUCACACGAACCCUGCUGUGCAUUAUUACACACAACAUCAUUACAUGAACUCACCUUACCAACAUCACACACUCAUGAUGUACUGA